AUGUUCUCAACAAUAGCCCCAGCAAUCGCUCUGCGCCGAUCAGCCGCAGAGCUCAGGCGAAACGGCCCAAGAUGCCACCGAGGCCUCCUCACCCUCGCAAUCGAGACGUCGUGUGACGACACCUCAGUAGCAAUAGUCGAAAAAACAAACACCUCCACCUCCUCCAAAGCCAAAAUCCACUUCCUAGAGAACAUCACAGCCGACUCACGCGCCCACCGAGGCAUCCACCCAAUCCUGGCCCUAGAAUCACACCAAGAAAACCUAGCAAACCUACUCAACAAAGCUCUCAAAUCCCUCCCACCGACUGCAAAAGGCCAAGCAUCGAUAUGCUUAGCAGACGGGUCAAGCAGACGCAAACCGAACUUCAUCUCCGCAACCCGGGGGCCGGGGAUGCGCUCGAAUCUCUCCGUCGGUCUGGAUACAGGUAAGGCCUUGUCCGUUGCGUGGCAGAUUCCUAUGGUUGGCGUGCACCAUAUGCAAGCGCACCUCCUGACGCCGCGACUCGUCUCGUGUCUGGAAGCGGAAGAAAAUUGCACCACCACUGCCGCCGCCAGCGCCGCCACGCCUGCAUUCCCGUUCCUUUCUAUCCUUGUUUCGGGCGGCCACACGAUCCUAGUGCACUCGAAGUCCCUAACCGAGCACAGAAUCAUGGCGUCGAGCGAGGACAUCGCCAUCGGCGAAGCGCUGGAUAAAAGCGCGAGGGAAAUCGUUCCGGCGGAUGUCCUCGCCGGCGCGGAGAGUACCAUGUACGGCAAGACGCUAGAGAGAUUUGUGUUUCCGAACGGCGCGGCUGAUUUCGCUGAGUACCGUGCACCCCGGGAUCGAGGGGAGGAAGUUGCUGGUAUGAAGCGGGCGAGUGCGCGCGGGGGGGAGGCUCUUGAUGCGGACCUUUCUCGUGAUGAGCGGGUUGAGUUGGGGAGGGAGAUUAUGAGGGUUUGUUUUGAGCAUCUUGGUUCGCGGACGGUUAUUGCGCUUGAGCAGUUGAGGCUUACUGCGCGUGAAGAAAUCGGCACUCUUGUUGUUAGUGGGGGUGUUGCGGCUAAUCGGUUUUUGAUGGCUGUUUUGAGGUCGUUUUUGGAUGAGCGUGGGUUUGGCAGGGUGAGGGUUGUUGCGCCGCCGCCGUAUCUUUGUACGGAUAAUGCUGCUAUGGUUGGGUGGGCGGGGAUUGAGAUGUUUGAGGCUGGGUGGGAGACGGAUUUUAGUGUUCGGGCUUUGCGGAAGUGGACGCUUGAUUCUGAGGCUGGGGAUGGUGGUGUUCUUGGGCCUGGUGGGUGGGUGAAGAGGGAUGUUCUGAACUUGAAGGUUUAG